AUGUUUAUUUGUGGCAACCGAAAAUGUAGAAAGUCACAAUCAAUAUUUACAAACUCAUGGUUUGAAAAAGAUAAGAUACAGGUCAAUGAGAUAUUAGAAAUAUAUUAUUAUUGGUUAUUAAAGAUGCCAAGCACAUCUAUUGCAAUAACCAUAGGAAAAGAUCCAAGUACAAUCGGUUACCAUUUAAGUAAUAUCAGAAAUCUAAUAGGAUCCCACAUACAAGAACAUAAACAAAAGAUAGGAGGAAAGGAUAUUAUU